GUUGAGGAUUUUAAGACGGCGAUGAAAGGGCUGAGGUUGCGGCGACGGGGGCGUCCAGCGGCAUCUCCACUCCCCCAAGGAUGGCGGAAUCAGGCCGUUGUCGGGCAGCUCUCGACCCGGAAGUCGCUCGCGGCGCGAGGCCCCCGUUGCCGAGCGCGGGCGCGGGGGGCGGAGCUCGGCGGAGACGGGGAAGGGGUAGCCGUGGCUGCCGGUCCUCGAGUUGGGGGCUGCCGCGGACACUGCUAGGCAGACGGCGAGUACCGAGCGCGGGUGGCCGCGGUGUCCGUGGGCCACGCUCAGCUGCGGUCAGAGGCGACAUGAGUGCCGCGGGGCUGCUGGCCCCGGCCCCGGCCCAGGCUGGAGCGCCGCCGGCCCCCGAGUACUACCCCGAGGAGGAUGAAGAGCUGGAGAGCGCCGAGGACGACGAGCGCAGCUGUCGGGGCCGCGAGUCGGACGAAGACACUGAGGAUGCUAGUGAAACUGACCUGGCAAAGCAUGAUGAAGAAGACUAUGUAGAAAUGAAGGAACAGAUGUAUCAGGACAAACUGGCUUCUCUCAAGAGACAGUUGCAACAACUGCAAGAAGGUACAUUACAGGAAUAUCAGAAGAGAAUGAAAAAACUAGAUCAGCAGUACAAAGAGAGGAUACGGAAUGCAGAACUCUUCCUCCAGCUGGAAACUGAACAAGUGGAACGAAAUUACAUUAAAGAAAAGAAGGCAGCAGUGAAAGAAUUUGAAGACAAGAAGGUUGAGCUGAAAGAGAACCUGAUUGCUGAGCUAGAAGAAAAGAAGAAAAUGAUUGAAAAUGAAAAGCUGACAAUGGAACUGACUGGAGAUUCUAUGGAGGUGAAACCUAUCAUGACCAGAAAGUUGCGGAGGCGACCAAAUGAUCCCGUCCCCAUCCCAGACAAGAGGAGGAAACCUGCUCCAGCCCAGCUAAACUAUUUGUUAACAGAUGAACAGAUCAUGGAGGAUCUGAGAACAUUAAAUAAGCUUAAGUCACCCAAGAGACCAGCAUCUCCAUCCUCUCCUGAGCACUUGCCUGCGACACCCGCGGAAUCUCCAGCCCAGAGGUUUGAAGCUCGGAUAGAAGAUGGCAAACUGUACUAUGACAAAAGAUGGUACCACAAGAGCCAGGCCAUCUAUCUGGAGUCAAAGGACAACCAGAAACUGAGCUGCGUGAUCAGUUCUGUAGGAGCCAAUGAGAUCUGGGUGAGGAAGACAAGUGAUAGCACCAAGAUGAGGAUCUACCUGGGCCAGCUUCAGCGCGGGCUCUUCGUGAUCCGCCGGCGCUCAGCUGCUUGACUUUCUACAGUGCUCUUCUCUUGACCCUUUUUCUGGAGUGGGUUUUAUUUUUGUUUUGUUUUGUUUUCUCCUUAAUAGAAAAAUGUUAACUUACUGGGAAUAGCUACUCAGCCUUGGAAAUGGAGAGCACUGUAGUGAAUUCUUUAAGGCACUUUUGUGGCCGGACGCUUCCAACUUUGUCAGUCUUUUCUGCCUCAACUUCUUCCAGACAUCAGUCACCAUGAGACUGUUUUACUUUCAGGCGUAUUGGGGGGUUUGAUUUACUUUCCUUUUAUUUCUUUAUUUUUUGCUUAUACUUGUUUUUGAAAACCUCCUCUGAGUUUGAAGGGACAGCUAUUUUUAUUGAUUAUCUUUAAGUCUCUCUACCAUGGAGAAGAGCAGGAAGGGAUACACUCUCCAGUGCAUUUUCAUGUUUUGAAUCUGAUUAGUGGAUCAUGUAGCUACUUUCCCUGUCGAGUCCAAUUCACUAUUUCCCCAGAAGCUUGGGGCAGAGGUCCUAGCAGAAGGAGAUGAAUUCUCGUGGCUCUCGGCCUUCUCGGAGAAAUAAAUGCUUUGUGUAACAUCUGCGCACACCAUCCAUUCCGCUGGCUGAGCUAUGGAAAAGCUUGCCUGGAAGACUAUGUGCACUGAAGUAAAUGGGGUUGGGGGAGGGGACAUUUCAUAUUUAUAAUGUGCUGAAGGUACCAUAUUUUAAAUGUUAUUUAAUGCAGGUGAUUUAUUCAAACAUUUGUUCUAACUUAAGCUGGAAUAAGCAGUGGUCAUUUCAGAAGUUUUCAUUUGUAAUUCCUUCCUCUCCCUUGUUCCCAAGUAGGUAGUAGUAAGUAUGUGCCACAGGCUGAUUAUCUGGGUAAUCUCUUACGGGUGGGAGGUGAGAUUGAUAGUGCAAUAAUCAGUGAUCUAUAGACCCUCAUGCACGAUUCAAGUUUCACUCUUGUGGCUGAUGCCAUUAUUGCACAUUGGCCAUUCCAAACCUGUGGAGAACUUUGUUGUCAGGCCCUGAGCACUCACAGCUUUAUUUGGCCCAGGUUGAAGACAAGGAAAGCUCUGCUGUGGCUGCCUCUGGACUGACACCCUCCCUAAUGAGUCCUGAUGAAACAGCCUUUCCUACAUCCUUCCCUCACUCCCAUGAUUGGAGAAAUGAUUCACUGGGUGAUGAGUGUUGGGGUUUUCUAUACUCAUGUUGCCAUCUUGAGAUGUUUAAAAAAUUUGGGGUUAGAGCAACUGUUAGCAUCUCUAUGAGCAAUCAGUAGAACUUACACAUUCUAGGAAAUCUUUCUUUGUAAGUAAUUCUUUUGGUCUCAAGUGAUUCUCUUCAUGUUGUCUCUUGAUGUACAUACCCCCAAGCAAGUUGGGGGGACUGUGAUGACAAAUCACCUUCUCUGAAGUUCUGGCUCUGCAGAGACCAAACCUUACUGACUUGUACAGACUUGUACAAGUAAAGACUUAUACAGAUAGAUUUUUGUUUUAACUUACAAUCCGUUUUUUCCUCUUUUUUUUUUUUUUUUCUGGUGUUGGAGUCUUAUUUAGAAAACAGGAUAAAUGACACUGUUAUCAAAAGUUGCCUGGGGUUCUGUAUUUCUUCUCUGCCCUCCAAUCCCCGACUGCUAUGAUGUUUACUACAGUGAACCCAGCCCAUGGUAAACACAGGCUUCACCUGUUCUUGUUUGUUAGCCUUGGCUGUGAGGCAGGACUUCCCUCACUUGAACUGUUACACAUACGAUGUGUGUGUCACAUCACAUAUUGUGCAGCUGUUGGUUUUCAUGUAGUGCCCUGCGAUGGAAAUUAGAUAUAUUUCAUGUAUUUUUCCAUUGAAGGUGGAGUUUUUCAAUGAUCAUGUGUUUUGUCCUCCUAAACAGUAUACCAGAGUUUGUUUUUAUUGUUGAGGAUUGUAUUGAUAACCACUGGGGUUCUGCAUUGAAGCAGCAACAAAUUGCCUCUUUUUCUGGCCUUCUCUGGUGGGACCUCUGUGCUUUUGUGAAGCAACUAUUUAUUUGAAGACAAGGGUAUGGGCACUUUUGCCUUCUCUCCUCUCUGACUUUUGAAGGUAUUGAGGGCACCCUUAGUCAUAGUCUCGACUCCACCAUUGCCUUCUCCUCGGCGUCCUCACAACUCUUAAUUGGGCCUAGUGAAAAUGGGGGCAGGUGAGAAGUCCAUUUUGAGAAUCAGCAUAGUAAAUUACAUUUCUAAUCCCAGAGGACUUAAUAUUUUCUUUUGUCACCCCAGAGGUGAAAAAUCAGCAGUUGAAGCCUGACAGACCUCAGUGGUGACCAGGAACAGAAGCAGCCUUCCUGUUAGUAGAUGGGGGUACUUCUGUGGUGGGCAGAGCCUUACUAAAGGGGAAGACAGACUUUGAGGUUUCUAGACGAGAAGGAGGCUAGCUUCUAGCCUGGGUGGCCAUUAUUCCAAAAGGUCUUUGUCUCUCACUAGACCCCAGGGCACCAGAUGAAUUUCCAAGUUUAAACUCUUUCCUGCAAGUGAUUACUUUGAAAAAGGUUGGUCCAGACCAUUCUGAUCAAGAACCUGUAUAUGUGUUGUGUUAGAGGCAUCUGCCUCAAGUCUAUGUACAGUGUUUGCUGAGGGUGUGUUCCAGUAUUCAUUUUACCUCUGCUUGGGGGUUUUGUGUGUUCCCCUCCCCCCAUGCCCUGCCUACCCCCUUUUCCCUGAACCAUGUCCUUUUGAAUAAUUUCCAGAUGGAUUUCUGUAGCCAUACCAAAGCCAGGGUGUUUUCAUUCAUGCGGAUACUAGUAUUUAUAGAUGUCUGACUACCUAACUUAAUUUUUGUUUUUGAACUUCUAAUUGGGGCCAGUGUAAGAUCGAUCCCAGAGGCUGAUCUGCAAAUCAGGCUACAUGUAUUUGUGUAUAAGACCCUGUGUUCAGGACUGGGUGACUUUUCUAAGAAAUAUGGGGUUUAGAAUGGGGUUGACUGUAUUUUUUAACCUAAUUCUGGAGAGAAGAUUGUAUUUUUUACAGUUUUUUGGGUUUGGCUUCCUUCUAACAUUUCUUUAGCCUUGAAUUUUUACUAAAUAAAUUUCCUCCUGAUUAAAUUUUUUUUUCUCAUCUGGGAAUUUGAAAUCUCGGUGCUUACUGUUACACCAAUUUGUCCAAAGAGUUGAAAUCACUUUAAUGCCAGAACAUGGUAAAUUUGCAGCCAUUUCAAGCAGGUGGUGGUCUUUUUUUAUAACAUCGUUAAUGGGUACCAUUAAAUAUUCUGAGAGGUGAAUGUAAAAUAUAAAAGGUAUAGGGUUUUUUUUUUUUUUAAAGAAAACAAUAAACUUUCAAAAAGAAAA